AUGACAUCAGAAAAAGUUUUUGAAUUUCACUGGAAAAAAGUAGUUUUGUAUAUAGAACAUUUGCCACUUUCUUGCAGAGAAGGUUUUAGCCUAGGGAGGAAUGGGGACAAUACAAAGUCAUGGGACAUGUUACAAUAUAGCAGUAACACGACAAAAGAAUACAACAAGAACAGUAGCAAAGUCCAUUAUCAGAUCCUGAGUUCGAGACCAGACAAGAAUCAUGGUGGUAGGGCUAAGAGUGAAUGUACAAAUAAGAGCUCUUUUUCUACAAUAAGUUUUCUUAUGUACAUAAGUGAUCUG